AUGUCGACUCAGGAGCUCUUUGUAGCUGCAGCUCGUAAAUAUCUGCAUGCUGGUAGAAAAUCUCUCUCUGUUCCUCAGUGUCUGGAACUUGCUGCUCAGGUCUCAGCCGUUGAUGUGGGUUUGAAGCCUGCUCUUCUGUACGACAGUAAUGGCGCUUGUGCAGCACAGGUGCAGCAAUAUUUGAGCUCCUUGCAGUCUCUCCAGCUUGUGUCUAAAUCACUUGUUACUUUGGAUUUGAGUGGAAACAGUCUAAUUAUUAAUGCUGGUGCUGUAAGAUCAAAUCUAGAGCAGGUGCUUCAUGAUGAGUGUGUGGCUGUGAUCAAUGUCUGCCACUUCCUGGAGAAGCCCAUCAUCACUGACUCACAGAGAGGAAAACUGAAGAGUAUGACACAAGAACUGCUGCUUCAUCUGGAAGGAUUCCUACAACUCGAGGAGGCCAAGGAACCUCUUUGUGUUUGGGACAAAUCUGAGGAGUGGAACCUGUGCACAGUGUUUGGCUUUUUACUAGGUUAUCCUGUCACAUACUGGUUUGAUCAGAACAAGAGCUUUGAAAACUGUCUGUCUAUGACUCCCCUGACAGUGUUUAUGGCUUCAGCAACAUGGCAGGUAGACGGUACAGGUCACAGAUGUUGUCUGUACUCCUUCAGUGUUCCAGCUGCUCUGCAGCAGGAGACGCAGUCCAAGCUGGAGAACUGGCAGCUCUGUCUGCAAGAGAGAUUUGAGCAGCAACAUGUCCUGAAGGACCUUAGUAUCAGUCAGUCCUCAGUUACUCUGCCCUCGGUCUGUUUGUGAUGCUGAUUGUCUUUGAAAUAAAAUGUUAUGGAACA